AGCAACUACCUGACCAGUGGAGCCCGGGCCAAAUCCUCGUCCGUCCGCCCCUCUCCUGGCGGCGAUACAUCAUGCCCUCGCGGUCGCCGCCGUCGACGCCUUCGCGGGUGCAGGCGCUGUACGACCUCUGCAAGCGCACCUUCCCGCCCCCGUCCUCCUCCUCCUCUCCACCGCCCGACCACGCCAUCCGCGCCGUCUCCUCUCUCCUGGACACCAUCACUCCUGCGGAUGUUGGACUCGGAGAUGAUGAUGUCGAUGAAUCAAACAUCCUGAAGGACUCACUCUCAGCAGUGACGCCGCCCUUCAUGUAUCUGCAUGUCUACAACUGCGAUGCCUUCUCUAUUGGAAUCUUCUGCUUACCAACUUCAGUCACCAUUCCUCUCCAUGAUCAUCCGGGAAUGACUGUGUUGACCAAAUUACUGUAUGGCUCGAUGCACGUUAAAUCGUAUGAUUGGGUGGAGCCUGCUGUUCUAGCAAGUAACAGUAACAGCAAGCCAGUGAGACUUGGCGAGUUACAUAAGGAUGAUGUUAUGAAUGCCCCUUGUCCAACCGCUGUUUUAUAUCCUCAAAGUGAUGGGAACAUACACUGCAUUACUUCAGUGAGCUCUUGUGCUUUUCUUGAUGUCGUUACCCCUGACCCACAGUACCAGUUCGAAUCUACUGGGCAUGUUUGCUCCUAUUUUCACGAUUACCCAUUUUCUAGCUUCUCGGUUGGACAUGCAAAAGUAGAUGAUGUGCCAGAUAAUUGUGUUUGGCUUGAGAAAGACGAACCAGCGAAUAUUAAUGGGCGCAAUGGCAUGUACGCUGGUCCUACUGUACAGGAACAUCUGCCGUAGUUGAUUUAAGUGGACUGAAGCACCCAUUUGUGUCCAGAUGGGACCAAUUCACAGGUAUAGUGCUUAAAAUGUUGGAGAUGCAAUAUGAUCAUAUUUGCAACUUGCUUUGUUGAAACAAAGGCAAAAGCUCUGCAUCAUUUUAUUGAUAGAGAUCAUCUAGUGGCGACAGUGGUGAUAGUCUAGCUAUUUUGUAAAUGUAUUUUUUUAAGUUUAUAUUUUUCUUUCUUUUUGUCUGUUAUUCAAAGAAAGGCUGGUUUAAUUGCCGUGGUAUCGAUAUGGUUGGUAAUUCACGUUUGGCAUUCUGGAUU